AUGACUCACUAUCAUGAGGUCGACUACGACUAUGACGACGAAGGCGGGUUGAUAGACCCUGCCUGGCUCCUCGCCAUCUGCUUUGGUCUCGGAAUCUGGCUUGUCAUAAACCGAUACCAGUCUCUUCUCAACCGCGCCAUCUUCUUCAGAAUCCCGCCCCCACCCCAAAUCAAAGAAACAUGGACAGCGCAGAAGCUGCCCGAGCCCGGCCUCGAGGCUCAUCUCAACACUGACGGCCUUCUCCCCGCGAUACCCCUAGAAGGCCGGAAGUAUAUCACAGCUUACGACCCUGCGACCGCGUACCACCUCGAUACCGUCCUCGCUGACACCCCGACCGAGAUCACAAAGAAGAUCGCGGAUGCGUACGAGGCACAAAAGGAGUGGGCGAAUACCUCGUUCCAUGACCGCAGGCGCGUCAUGCGUAGCUUGAAGAAGUGGCUUGUGGAUAAUCAGGAGACAUGCGCGAAGGUCGCGUGCCGGGAUACCGGAAAGACCAUGUUGGACGCCGCUCUUGGAGAGAUAAUCACGACGUGCUCAAAACUUGACUGGCUCAUCAAUCAUGGCGAACGCGCCCUCGCUCCGCAGAAGAGGUACAACAACCUAAUCAUGUUCUACAAGUCCUCGUACGUACAUUACGAGCCUCUGGGUGUUGUCUCUGCUAUCGUUUCCUGGAAUUAUCCUCUACACAAUGCCUGGUCGCCGAUCAUUGCUGCACUCUUCGCCGGAAACAGUAUUGUUCUGAAGUGCUCUGAGCACGUCAUCUGGUCGACAACAUGGUUCGUGAAGGCUAUCCAGGAGUGCUUGAAGGCUUGCGGGCACGACGAGCAACUCGUGCAGCUCGUCUGCUGCUACCCUGAGGACGCUGAGGCACUGACCAAGUCCCCGUUCAUUCGUCAUAUCACUUUCAUUGGCUCCGAGCGUGUGGGACGUAUCGUUGCUCAGGCGGCAACAGAGUACCUCACUCCUGUUACCCUUGAGCUUGGUGGAAAGGACCCAGCUAUCAUUCUCCCCUCAACUGACCUGGAGAAGCAUCUCCCCCUACUUAUGCGCGGCGUAUACCAAAACGCGGGUCAGAAUUGCAUCGGGAUUGAGCGCAUCCUUGUCCACGAGUCUCAAUAUGAGGACCUCUUCAUCCUCUUCACUGAGCGUGCUGACAAGCUCCGCCCUGGCCACUCACUUAAAAGCCCAGGAGAUGGUGUUGCACCCGUCGCGGACGUCGGCGCUAUGAUAUCUGGUGAACGAUUCCCCGGUCUUCAACAUGCCAUCCAGGAAGCUGUCGAUCAGGGUGCGACCUUGACUGUGGGCGGCGAGCCCUGGCUGCACCCAUACCUUGAGAGAGGCUCAUACUUCAAACCUACGGUGCUGGGAGACGUCAAUCCCGAUGCUCCCAUCGCACAGUCUGAACUGUUUGCGCCCAUUGGGUUGAUCAUCAAGUACGAGACGGUCGAGCAGGCGAUCGAGAUUGCCAACGGCACGCGAUACGGCCUUGGCGCGAGCGUCUUCGGUCCCGUCAAGGAUGAGUGCCUCAAAGUGGCGAAGCGCCUUCAGUGCGGUAUGGUUGCCAUCAACGACUUCGGCGUAUUCUAUCUCAACCAAGAUCUGCCCUUCGGGGGUACGAAGUACAGCGGCUAUGGGCGGUUCGGGGGCCCCGAGGGUCUGCGCGCGCUCACGAACACCAAGGCGAUUGUGUACGACCGGUGGGGAUGGGCGAUCCAAACGACGAUCCCGGCGGUCCUCGACUACCCCGUGCGGUCCGUCACCCAGAGCUGGGACUUCAUCAGCGGUCUGGUCGCAUUCCUGUACGCGGAUGGGUGGCGUCAGAGGAUAGACGCACUCACGAAACUGAUCCGUGCAUCUGGGAGGUGAUUGAGGUUGGCCGUAGCAGGCGGCGACGGCUCGCUCAACGUGACCAAUGUCGUCGGAUAUUUGGGGGACCGGCUGCAGGGCUGGUGCAGUGAUUUGGUUGUGCAAAUGUACUUGACGAUCUAAUAACGACUCGGAUGCCUUCGG